AUGUCACACACCGGAAUUCCGUUCCCCCAGCGUAUCGCGGACCGAGCGGGCAACAAACGUCUUGAUUCACAGACGCAAGGCUACAGGGGGAAAUGUAGAAUCAGUACGAGAUACUUAAGAUUCAACAAUGGGAGAGUGUUUAGCGAAGCCAAAGUACGCGAAUGGCGCAAUAUCUUUAGUCUAGGGGGCUGUGAUCGAUACUCAAAAGAUUUGGUUCUUGCCGCCAUUGUUUCUCACGAUCAACUGAGUGAGCUGGAUUUUGACGGGAAUAUGAUCCAACAAGCCAGCAGUAAUAUAGAAUGCCUUUAUGGGCGGGAAAUGAUAACGGCUGCACAGGAUUACCUGCCUUUGAGGGAUGAUUGGUGCACGUUAGGACCAAAUGAAACUGUUCAGGAAUUUCUCAAAGCGGAGUUUCUAGAGCGAUCCGUUCGAAAAGAUGAGUUUACAGACGGCGAAAUAUUUAGAAAGAUCAGACUAUAUGCACAAGAAGGCAAUUUUGAGAGUAGUCGAAAGUGGUGGUCCCGGCUAUCUCCGACAAAAGCGAACAAUCUCAAACAGCUCUUAAAAAAUAAUUCCCUAUCUUCGAAGUUCGAUUCGCUCCUUAAAUUCCCCGGCCUAUGGCCAGAUAUCCAGUUGGGGAUGUUUCAUACUUUGCAUGGCGCCAAGUGUCCAGAGGUUUGGCCCUUCCAGUACCAGGCCGGCUACGGGAUUUCGGUUGAUUAG